CAACAUGAUUGGUCGUUGGUGUAGGGGUAAACCCAUGUUUGAUCAUGUGACGUUGGUCAUAUCAAUUCUUAGAACCUCGCGACAUUAACGCAGCCCUAUUUUUUUUCCCGAGGAAAAAUGUAUCUUCUUCGCCCACAGUCUGUCUCCAGGAUCGCUUUUAAUUCCUUUCUCUCUACCGUGCCACGGAAAGAUUGUCAAUUUAUGAUACAGUUUAAUAAAAACUGGUCGUGUGUCGGCUGAUUUAUUUUAGCUCAUAUUCUCAUAUUUCUGCACGAAAAUGCCAAGGUCCAGGAAGAGGAGUUCCAGGGGGGGGCCUCAUGGAGCUGUGCAACCUUUCAGCGAUGAGGAUGCCUCCAUCGAGACCCUCAGCCACUGCAGCAGCUUCAGUGAUGCCAUGAGUGUGGCAGACGAAGGAGGGGAAACAGGUGAGGAGACAGCCCAGGAGGAUUUACAGUACAAGCUGAAUGUUUUCAUUGACAGCGCUGUGGAUAAGAGUGCCAAGACCAGACAAGGAGCUCUGGAUGGGCUGAAGGCUGCCAUGGCAACUAGGAUCCUGUACGAGUUCAUUUCAGACAGGAGGAUGACCAUCACCGACAGCAUUGAGCGCUGUCUCAAGAAAGGUAAAGGACAGGAGCAGUGUGCAGCAGCCUCCCUGGCCUGUCUGCUGUGUAUUCAGCUGGGCUCAGGCGUUGAGAGCGAGGAGGUGUUCAAGACCCUCAAACCCAUUUUCAAGAACAUUCUGUUGGAUGGAGCGGCCAACAUCCAAACCAGACAAGCGUGCGCAACAAGUUUGGGCCUGUGCACUCUCGUGGUGGAAGAUGACAUCCUGGAUGUGUAUGCCACCAUGGAGAGCUUUGAGAGUUUGUUCAUGCGUUCCUAUGUGAAGGAGGAUGGGAGUCGCCCCUCUCUCAACCCCCAGACCACCCUGCUCCACACCAACGCCCUCCUCUCCUGGGCCCUGCUGCUCACAAUCUGCACAGGCAGCCAGGUCAAAGCAGUCACACGCAAGCACCUGCCCAAACUACCCCGGUUGUUGGAGAAUGAUGAUGUCAACAUGAGGAUAGCAGCGGGAGAGACCAUCGCUCUGCUGUUUGAGCUGGCUAGGGAUAUGGACCCUGCGUUUGAGUAUGAUGACUGGGAGCCCCUGUGUGACAAGCUGAACUCUCUGGCCACCGACUGCAACAAACACCGUGCCAAGACUGACAAGAGGAAGCAGAGGUCUGUGUUCAGGGAUGUGCUCAAGGCUGUGGAGGAGAGGGACUUUCAGACUGAGACAAUUCGUUUCAGCACUGAGCGUAUGACCAUCGACAGCUGGGUGAGGAAGAGGACAUACGAUGCCUUCAGGGAGUUUGUGGGCUCUGGUAUGAAUUACCACCUACAGGCCAAUGAGUUUAUUCGUGGUGUGUUUGAACUGGGACCACCCGUGCUGGUUGACACGGCCACACUUAAGUCCAUGAAAAUCUCCCGCUUCGAAAGGCAUCUCUACAACGCAGCUGCAUUCAAGGCUCGGACAAAGGCCAGGAACAAGUUCAGAGACAAGAGGGUUGACGUCGGGGAGUUUUAAUGGGUCGGACCUCUUUUUUUAAUUUUUUUUUUAUUAACAAUCUUGAGUAUCACUGUUACUAUCCUUAAUUUAUCCAAUGGUCAAGUGGUUGGUAUUUGUAAAUAUGAGUAAUCAUGUCUGUCUCAAGUGAUGCCUUAAUUCCCCAUAUGAACUUGCCAGUGCACCAAUUUUAGCCAGAGUGUCUAUGUAGGGAAUAAAGUGUCAUGUGAGAUGUAGACCUUGUUGCUCUGUUUUUGUUUGUGGUCCAUUUUAACAUUAAUGUAUUAUUUGAAAAUGCACUAAUUGGUUAACAUUUCCUAUGGACCCCUGAAUCCUGACGUAUUUUGUUAUACACUGUGUAUACCAAACAUUAGCAACCCCUUGCUAAUAUUGAGUCACCCCCUUGCCCUCAGAAGAGCCUCAAUUUGUCGGGGCAUGGACUACAAGGUGUCGGGUGUUCCAAAGGGAUGCUGGCUCAUGUUGACUCCAAUGCUUACCACAGUUGUCAAGUUGGUUGGUGGACCAUUCCUGAUACACAUGGGGGGGAAACGGUGUGUAAAACCCAGCAGUGUUGCAUUUCUUGACACAAACCGGCGUGUUUGGCACCACCUGCCAUACCCUGUUCAAAGGCAUUUAAAUAUGUCUUGCCUGUUCGUCCUCUGAAUGGCACACAUACACAAUCCACAUCUCAAGGCUUAAAAAUCAUUCUUUAACCCCUCUCCUUCAUCUACACUGAUUUGAAGUAGAUUUAACAAGUGCCAUCACUAAGGUAUCAUCUGUCAUGUAAAGAUUGUGUCAAUGUUUUGUACACUCACUGUAUUUUAGUAGGUCUAUUGGGGAAGUGAGAAACCCAAAUAAAUACUUAUGGACCAGUC